AUGGCCACCUUCCCAAGAUACCCGGAUCUCCAUGGCAAAGUCGCCCUGAUUAUGGGAGCCGGGCAAACGCAUGUACCAGGCUCGGAAGCAUGGGGCAAUGGGGCAGCUAUCGCUAGAUGUCUCGCACAAAACGGCGUCCAGGUUUUCGGCUGCGAUGUGAAUCUCCAGGCGGCAGGGCGCACCGCUUCACGCAUCCAGGCGGAAGGCGGGAAAUGUGAUAUCGUCCAAGCCGAUGUGACAUCGGAAGAGGACGUGAGGAGAGUUGUGGACGCCGUGAUGGCAAAGUAUGGCCGCAUCGAUAUCUUGAUCAACAACGUGGGCGCCACAGUAGCCGGUGACCCAGCCAGCAUGCCCCCCGAUGUCUGGGACAAACAAAUCAACCUCAACCUGAAAACGGUCUACCUAGCCUGCCAUGUGGUGCUUCCGAUCAUGGAAAAGCAAGGGUCGGGGUGCGUGGUCAAUAAUGCCUCCAUUGCGGACUUGAGGUACAUUGGAAAGCCACAGGUCGCGUAUUCGGCGGCAAAGGCGGCGGUGAUCCAGUUUACGAAGGUCACAGCGGUCAUGUACGCACCGAAAGGGGUUCGAUUGAACUCGGUCGUGCCGGGUUUCAUCCACACGCCUUUGGUGGAUAACUUCAAAUUCAGCGGCCAGCAAGAGGUUUAUGACAAGAUUACACAACAACCCGUCCCUUUGGGGCGCAUGGGGGAUGCGUUCGAUAUAGCCAACUCUGCAGUAUUUCUGGCCAGCAACGCGGCUAAAUACAUCACUGGACAGAUUUUGGUUGUGGAUGGUGGAUUUACAAGCUCUGCUGCUUCUCUAUAA